CAACCCCUAUGGAUACACACAAAGGUUUAUCUAAAGUAUAAUUAUGACAGAACUGGGAGGAGUUUCUUGCCACACUGCUUCUAUUAAAAUGCAACGAUCAGCAAACAGCCCAUCAUAUGGACACGGAUAACAAGUGAAUGAAAUACUGCCAAACUACAUUGAUGGACAAUAGGAAUUUAGCAAACAACGGUCUGAGGCUGCUAAUCGUGGGUCAAAAGCGAACAGGAAGGAGUUCAGUGGGCAACACGCUAUUGGGCAGACGCGUGUUCGAUACGUGGGGUGGAGCGGACAGCUCCGUGGCGCAUGGAGAAUCGGAGGGCCGAGAGCUAAGUGUCGUAGAUGCCUGCGGGUGGGGCGCAAAUGAAAACGUGGUCCCUAAACAGGAGAAAGUGGCAUUGCAUAAUGGCCUGUCGCUGUGUGAUCCCGGACCCCACGUCAUCCUUUUGGUCAUUCCCAUACUAAACUUUAGCCCCUCUGAGAGAGCGGCCGUGCAGAAACGCAUGGAGCUCCUCACAGAGGGCGUGUGGAGGCACACCAUGAUCGUGUUCACCCUGGGGGACCGACUGCGUUACCGCAGUGUACAGGACCAUAUCCAGGAGUCUGGAGAGGAUCUGCAGUGGCUUGUGGAAAAGUGCAGGUAUAGGUACAGUGUUUUAAAUAACAAGAGUCCCCAGGAUAGACAGCAGGUGUCUGGUCUGCUGGACCGUGUGGAGGACAUUCUGAUGGAAAACGGAGCAUGGCACUUCUCCCUCCAUAUGUACUGCAGGCUGGAGGAAGAGUGGAGCCGAAGAGAAAGGGAAAUGAGGGAGAACAUGAAACAAGGACUGGUUGUAGUUUCCGAUCAGAGUCGACAAGGUGUGAACAGUGGUCUAGUGAAACUAGUUUACCAUGGCUAGUAUUACUACGUUAUGGUGUGAACUGAAAAGGAACUUAGAGCUGUAAAUAUGGACAAAGCCAAAACUAUCAGCUGUAAAUUUUUGAUUAAAAAAACUUUCAUGUGUUAACUUUUAACAUUUUAUAUUUUACAGAUUUAGUGAAACAAGAUACAUUUUCUUGAAAAGCAACCUUCCAUAAAAUCUAAUUUAAGAGAAUUUCCGUUUCUUCUUUUCUUUUUGUAAAUGCUUAAAACAAGAAAAAAUAUUUGUCACUGCACUGAGUGCACUCUAAAAAUGGUUGGGUUAUUUUUGACCCAUAAUGGGUAAAUAUUGAACAGAAUACACCGCUAUAUAAAAAUUUAUCCAAAGCAGGGUUGUUUUAACCCAACUGCUGGGUUAUUAUCAAAAGCGAACUACAUUGUUGCAUAACAAUGGGGUAUUUUUAACCCAGCACGUGUUCAGUCCAAAAAUCUG